CCUGUGUCUCAGAAUGAAAAUAGUCAGUCACCUAUAAAUGUAUGACAUGAAGUCAUUGACUAAAUUUAAGAUGGCGACUUCUUCGAAUAACUUGAUGGAAAGACUCGAUCUUUGGGAUUCAAAAGAAGGAUGUUUAUCCCCUCUUACAGAUGAUGAAAAAGAUAGUGUUUUGCUGUUGGCAACUUAUUCAAUGAAUCGUGCAAUGCCAUCAGAGCUCCCUGAAAAAGAUAUUACAAGUUUGCCCUCAAAAAGAACUCAUGGUGAGACAUCUGAAAGCAAAACCAACAUGGAUAUAUCAGAUAUAGAUCUUGGAUCUGCCAAAGUUGAAAAUGCCCAACAGUUUUUCACAUGGUUUGCCCAAGUUGAAAACCAAAUGGAGAGAGAACAGGAAUCUGCUUAUCACGCGUAUUGCAAACAGCUGCAAGAAUAUAGAGAUCAUUGUGAAGUGAUAUUAAAUGAAAUUAACGAAGCUCUGAAAUAUCUUAAACUUUUACAUGAGCAGCAUUUGUUUGUUUCAACGAAAACUGGUGCUCUUCACUAUGCUUGCGAACAACUUCUUCAAGAUCAGACUCGUUUGGUACAAAUGGCCGAAAGUAUUAGUGACAAGCUAUCGUACUUUAACGCACUCGAGCAAAUUAAACAGAAAGUAAACACUCCUACAUUAUCUGUAACAAAUGAAUCUUUUGUGCCAAUGCUCUCCAGGCUUGAUGAAUGCAUUGAAUAUAUAAAAACAAACCAACAUUUCAAGGAAUCGCAGACGUAUUUAAUUCGAUACAGUCAAUGUUUGAACGAAGCUCUAAAUCUUGUUAAAACUCAUGUUAUUGAUCUUUUCAAAUACGCCACAGUCCAAGUAACUACAAGUAAAAAUGAAACGAACUCCACAGAUGGUUCGUUCGCUUUAUUUUAUGGAAAAUUUCGUACAAAUGCUCCAAGAAUAAAGUCUUUAAUGGAACAAAUAGAGCAACGAUUGACCAUCAGCUCGGAAUAUUUAUCAUUAUUGAAAGAUUGUCACGAUUUCUACUUUACCCAGAGAUACCAGUUGUUAGCGCCUUGUAUACAUGAUAAUGUCGAGAAAAUAAUUCAACAACAUCAGCGAAAUACUUGUGCUUUGGUACGAAGUGGUUGUUCUUUAUUGAUGCGUGUUAGUCAAGACGAAUAUCAAUUAUAUUUUCAUUUUUUCAACCAACCAAGUUCAGAGCUACACACUCUGUUGGAAAACUUUUGUACGAUUUUGUACGACGCAUUUCGGCCUCUUAUUAUUCACAUGAACCACAUGGAAACAUUGACUGAACUUUGUAGCAUACUAAAGGUUGAAAUGCUGGAGGAUCAUGUCAGUCAGAAAGGAGAUGAAUUGCUCGCUUUUGGCAGUGUAAUUGCACAAAUGCUUGAAGAUGUUCAGGAAAGAUUGGUUUAUCGAGCUCAAACAUACAUCCAAACUGAUAUUCAGAAUUACUCUCCAUCACCUGGAGAUCUUGCCUAUCCUGAUAAAUUAAUGAUUAGGACAGCAGAAGAUGACGAUGAAAAGCAAAGCGAGAAUGACGAAACGGAAGCAAAGAAAACAAAAACUUCUGAUUUUCCUGCCGCGCUGGUAGAUUUACAAGGAAUGUGGUAUCCAACAGUGCGAAGAACGUUGGUCUGUCUAUCAAAGCUCUACAGAUGUAUUUCAAAAGAGACAUUCGAGGGAUUAUCUCAAGAAGCUCUAUCGGUUUGCAUUUCUACGUUGAAAGUUGCCAGUUCGCGUAUUAUUUCAAAAACGGGUGCUAUCAAUGGUCAUUUGUUCUUGAUCAAACAUCUUCUGAUCUUACGAGAACAGAUCGCUCCCUUCAACGUCGACUUUACUGUGCGUGAAUUGUCGUUGGAUUUCAGCAAUAUGAGGACGGCAGCAUAUGGCUUAUGGAGUAAAAGUUCAUCAUUGUUUUCAUUGAAUAGUAACAAUGCUUUGCUCGAGUUUUUGUUAGAAGGAGCUCCAAAACUUAUUGAGAAUUAUGUCGAUUCGAAAAAGGAAGUUGACAACGAAUUGAAAACGGUUUGCGAACAGUUCAUUGACAGCAUUUCAUCUUCACUUGUUUCGCCACUAAAAGAUUUCUUAUCAAAAACAGAUGCCAUUCAGAAACUCGCCGAGGAGGACGGCAAAGAUGUUAAAAACUUGUUGAAGCAUCAACAUUUUGCGAAGCCGGAAAAUGUUCGCCGUCUUGUGAGUGAAAGCUACAUGUUGCUAAAGUCGAAAAUUCCCAGCACUUUGCAAAUCAUGUCUCUUUAUCUUGCAAAUAAAGACACAGAAUAUAUAUUAUUCAAACCAGUCAAGGGAAAUGUUCUAGAAAAUUACAAACGAUUAAACGAGUUGAUUGUUAACACGUACAACGAAGAGAAUCAACAGAUAAUAGGAAGUCCUACAACGCAGCAGAUAUCAUUGUUGCUAUCAAUUUCAUGAAUUUCUACACAACAAAGUUGAGUUUCAUGGUGUUCUUCAUCGUUUGGUAAUUUCACUUUCUUUGCAAUUGGCUGUAAAAUAUUUGAAUUGGUCACCUCAACAUGUUCCAUACAUAUGAAUCAGUUGGUUGUAAAUCAGCCUUUCAGUUACCUUUAAUUUCGCGCCAACGUUGAACCUUAUUGUAUGUCGACCGGAACUAUAAGUUAUGAUGAUGUAAUCCUUGAAUCAAAGAAUGAUAAUAUUUAGUAAGUUGACAGCAAAGGACUAAGCAACACGGAUCAAUGUCAGUUAGGAAGAUGUUUGGGUGAGAAAGAAAGGACAGUUAAUUUUGACGAGAACCUCACCUGACCCAUACAACGUAGAGAUAACUCCUUCGUCCAGGCGAACGUUAUUGGCUGAAACGGCGGAGCUUGCACGUAGCUUCUGGUUAUAUUGUACCAAAACCAUUUCUUUUUCUUUUGUUCUUUUAUGUCAAAGAAAGUCCCUCCAAAGGGGGUCAGCACCAUCCUAGCAUAUUUAAUAUACUUUUAUGAUAAAAUCACUGAAUGUAACAGGCAAAAGGAAAUUUUCGGAAAACGUAAAUUAA